ACCGGACAUGCGUAAUGUCAAUGUUCAACAUCCUGUCCACGUGUCCCGGAAAACAAGUUGAUUUGUUGUAUAUGUAAGAAGAAAAUAACCCAUGGAGGCGAAGGACCUUUACAUCAAACCAGGUAAUCAGGAGCGGGGCUGGAAUGACCCUCCACAGUUUUCCUAUGGUUUGCAGACAGCAGCACAAGGUGCACCCAAGAGGACCCCUCUCAACAAGAGAGUGCCCCCACCUCAACUCACAGGAUCCCCUUGUCCUGUCCCAGGAGAUUUUCCUUCCGCAACAGCUCCAAUGACUCCUCCUACCAACCCACUGGCCCCUCCAUGUAGUAUGAACACGCCCCCUCGUCCAUGUCCUGUCGCAGCCCCUCCUCUUGGUGGGGUGAUGGCCACACCUCCACCACCUUUCCCUGUGGUAGAGCACACAGACUCUGCCAGUAGCCAAUCAGAAAAUGAGCCAGAUGUAGACGAUGUAGUCACUCUUCUCAACUGGGCACUGACAGCUUGUAGACACACAGUCAAAAAACAGGUGUGUAAUGAUGUGGCGAAGCGUCUGAAGCUCUUUGAGGACAUGUGGAAGUCUGGGAAGCUGUCACUUCCUGUUAGGAGAAGAAUGAUUGGACUGGUGCAAGGUGGUAAGACAAGAACGAAAGACAAGUACCGGGUGGUGUACACAGAUCACCAGCGGUUGGAGCUGGAGAAAGAGUUCCACUAUAGCCGCUACAUCACCAUCAGGAGGAAAGCAGAGCUGGCCACGUCUCUCAGCCUCUCAGAACGACAGGUAAAAAUCUGGUUUCAGAAUCGGCGUGCCAAAGAGAGGAAAGUGAACAAGAAGAAGAUGCAACAGCCUCAGCCUGCGUCCACAACAACACCUACUCCCCCAGGCUCUAGCAUGCCCGGCAACGUUGCCAUGGUGACCAGCAGCAGCGGCGGCUUAGUGUCUCCGUCUAUACCAAUGACUAUCAAAGAAGAAUACUGAGGACGAUGGUCUGACGUGAUGGGGAAAAAAAAUACUUUGGUCCAAAUCUAACCUGCAAUAGUGACCCCGCCCCCCGGUCAACAGCCUGAGCAACAUGGGGUCAAAUGCAGGAGUCAACAGCUCCAAAGACAGACAAGAAAUAUAGACUUGCUGCUGUUUCCUUCGCUUCUGUAAAAAAAUAAAUAAUAAUAAUAACAAACGUCUAAAGGACAAGAUAGACCGACACGAACGUCCGGCCAUGCGCAGUAGAUCACCUGCUGGGUGUCGAAAAACUAUGGCGAAUUCAAUUCGCAGAAUCAUCGGGAAAUAAACAGAAAAUGGCGGCCCAUGUGCUGUGGUUGAAGGCGAUAGGACGGCCACCCGCUCUGCACACGUUCGCGUUGGUCUGUCUUGUCCAAAAGGGAGACAAUGAACAGAGAAAAAGAACUGCUAUAAACAUAUAUAGAUAUUAAACUGUUGUAUUUCACUGUUAUAAUGGCUUCUACUGUUUCUGUUGUUGAUAUCUCUUCUGCUCUGCCCAUCACAUACUGGCAAUACUUGUAAAUGGUUCUGAUUCCAAGCCAGAAUAAUAAUAAGUGUAUAUUUUUUAAGUCAUUUGUAUUAAAAGCUUUAUUGUCAA